UGUUGUUCUCCUCCUGGCAACAAGCAAACAAGGGCGGGCGUUUCAUUUCAGGGAGCAAACCAAUAUGAGUGGGGAAGGUGCGGUUGGGGAUGCGUCCCUGCUUGACUUUAAGACAUACGAGGACUUCCUGGACAGCCAAGUGUCUGCGCUUGAUCUCUACUACUUGGAAGAUGAGGAGCUGGCACGCCAGCUGGUGGAGCUGGGCGUUCGCGGCACGGGCGAGGUGAUCAAGCGGGAGGAGUUUGAGGCGAGAAAGGCCGCAGCAGAGCAGGCUCGGACAGCACAGCGAGCCAAGGAUGAUGUGGUAUUGGUGUCAGAGGACUACAUGGACCUCUCUCCGUUUUUGCAAGCGUUGGCAGAACGAGAAGAGCCAAACCGCAUUGGCAAAAUGAUGACUAUUGUCUUCAUCCGUGACAAAAACUCAAAGGGACAGGAGGUGUCGGGAUACAUUGACUUGGCAGAACGCUUCGAGAACGACGACUUCCAUCUGUACUUCAGUGGACGAAAGCGCUUCAUGCCGCGCCCGUCAGACCUCAGUUACUACAACUGGGUCACGCAGACCGCGCACUCCACACAAAGCUCAAACUACACGGUUCUGUCCAACGAAUACCAAGGCCUCCUCUUCAAGAACACAAAAGACCGCAAAGUUGUCAACGUCGAUCCCCAGCUUGAGUCGCCCGGAGACAACUCCACGCGAACCGUUUUACGGACGGAUGAAUACUUGCAGGUUGUGUUCUAUGACCACGUCACCAGGCUCACGGCAUAGUUAAUCGGUGAAACAAGAGACUGGCUCAUAUGUGAUGCACAUUGUACUGUGUGUGUGUGUGCGUGUGUGUGCAAUGCGCUAAUGUUCUGUUGUUCCGUUACACGACUUCUUCUUCUUCUUCUUCUUCUUCUU